CAAAGUGGCAAUUGAUCUUGCGGCUUUCCUGCAGGUUGGCUGGUGUAUGCGCUUGGGUGUAUAUAAAAGGUAUUACUCUACACCAUGGCGCUGGUUCCAUCUCUCAGAGGCUCUACCUAUCAGUAGAGGUAGGCACCAUCUUACAAUAACGUUAUCCCUUGAGACGUCGCUCCGGUAGAGAUGCAUAGUAGUACAUAGGACUUUGAGAUGUCUUGGGCAAAAUUCUUUGGUUAUACGAAGUACGAAGUACAUACUGUACAUAACGUACCCACAGUACAUACGAUGCACACGAUGUUGUGCUGGUACUCUCCGUACAAAGACUUGUCUCCAGAUUCUGUAGCCAAGUCACAAAAUCGCAGAUAUAAUCACGGAUUCCAACGAUUCUACGUGUACAUACCUCCGUACAGUGUCGAAAGUGUGUUCUUGAUCUUCAACAACGACUUGAUGGAACUACUCAGACGUGCAGUGCGUGCAUGCAGAUUAAGUGGAUCCAGCGCCGCUCCUUGGGCGACAAGCCAAGCCAUCCCGGUCUUCUGGAACGGGGGCUGGCGGACCGGGCGGUCGGCAACGAGCAAGGUUGUGGUUGCACCUCACUUGCUACUCUCACAAUGGGCACCUCCUACACCCUUUUUACUUGUACAGUACGAGUAUAAUACAUGAUUGGAUUGCCUCGAAGCAGGACGAGUCGCUCUCAAGUACAGUACAGUACAUUACUACGCGC